GUAAAUAAGUGGAAUAUUCUAUACGACUUUGUUUAGAUUUUAUUCAGAGAAAUAAAUCUAUCCUUCGUACCCAAGAAAUACGCUUAUCAAAAUCUAAAAUCCGGUCUCCCUGAUUUCAUUCCAUUUCAUACUACAGAGAUUGAAUCCAAUAUCUUCAAUCCAUUACUGUUUUAAGGAAGAACAAGUAGAAUAUCAAUACUACGAUGAAGAGGGUCUUCGGUGUAAAGAAGGACAAGGAGCCCCCUCCUUCCAUUCAAGAUGCCUCCGAUAGGAUUAAUAAAAGGGGUGAGACAGUUGAAGAGAAGAUCAAAAAGCUUGAUGUAGAACUUAGUAAAUAUAAAGAGCAGAUUAAGAAAACAAGACCUGGUCCUGCACAAGAAGCUGUUAAAGCUAGAGCCAUGAGAGUCCUCAAGCAAAAACGAAUGUAUGAAGGCCAACGUGAUAUGAUGUACAAUCAAACGUUUAACCUUGAUCAAGUUGCAUUUGCUGCUGAGGGCAUUAAAGAUGCUCAGCAAACUAUGUCAGCCCUAAAAUCUGCUAACAAGGAGCUGAAAGGGAUGAUGAAAACUGUGAAGAUACAAGACAUAGAUAAUUUGCAAGACGAGAUGAUGGACCUGAUGGACGUCAGUUCGGAAAUUCAAGAUACCCUGGGUAGAAGCUACAGUGUUCCUGACGAUAUUGAUGAGGAUGAGCUUUUGGGUGAGCUUGAUGCUUUAGAAGCUGAUAUGGGAAUGGAAACUGAGUCUGAUGGCGUGCCUUCCUAUCUUCAACCUGAUAAGGAAUCCGAUUUGGAUGCAGAGCUCAACUUGCCUUCAGCACCGAUGGGAUAUGCAGGACGGUCAAAUGCACAUGCGGAUGAUGAACUGGGUUUACCUGCUGUUCCACGGGCGUCCCUUCGUGAUUAGUGAAAUACUGAUUGAUUAUGUAAUAUCUACAUCCAUUUAUUACUGGUGGCAAGCUGCUUCGAGGGUAGCCUUUGUAAUCAUAUUUGUGCAGAAGUGAACCUUUGUUUCGUUUUGGUAUUCUUGACUCUUAUAUUUAGUUGGCUGUGUCAUCCAUGUACGGUGUUGGUUUAUCAAUAAAUAUUACUUGGUAUAUUUGGCAUAGAA